AAUAAUUGGGUCUUCUGAGAGAAAUAGGUUGUUGUUCUUAUGUAAGACACGCAUGGUUCUGACUCUGAGCUCUGACUUGUAAAAGGAACCUCAGCUUAAUUACCAGUGGUUGGCAUAGGCAGAUCCACUUUUGUCACCAUUCUCUAGCUUCAUGUUCUUUUGUUAUGUUGCAGACACAGAGAGAGAAAGAGAUGUGAAGAAAUUGAUUAUCCUCUCUGCAAUGUUUCUUGCUCAAAUGAGUAUUCCAAACAGAGCAGCAGAUGCAAAUAUUGGAAAUUAAUGCACCAUUUCUCUCUCUCUAUAAUAUCUAUAUGGAUGCUACUGGUGCUUGCUUCUGCGAUGCUCAUUUGGGCAAGAAAUGUUGCAGAAAUGGAGCCCUUUUGGUAACUAAUCUUUUACCUUUCUUCCCAAUAAUUUUCACAAUGGUCUACUUUAACCUAAAUUUACAUUAUUUUACUUUUGGUUUCACUCAAAAAGUAUCGCAUCAACAGAGAAUGAGAUGCUACUCGAUAUGGAAGAUUGUUCCCAUUCUCCUAAUAAUUUUUUGACCAUAUCAUAAUCAUUCGCUAAAACUAUCUCGGGAUCCAACCUUUAAGCCUUCAUCUUUUUUACUUUCAUUAUUUGAAGGUAGGUAGACAGAAAUCUCAUCUUUUAGUUUUCAAUGGAUUAUUGUUGAAAUUUGGAGAUCGAGAAAAAGAAAAGGACUUUUGGGUCUUGGAUUUUGGAUAGCUUUAUACAGCUUUCAACGUUCAGAGAAGAAUUCAGAACUCUAAAUUUCCUGUCUGUAUUAUGUUCUUUACUUUGAUCUGGAUCAAGCCAUCUUUGAACCAAGUAUAAAGUUAAUCUAUUUCUCAAAAAAUAAAAAAAUGUAUAAAUUUGAUCUAAAUCUAUGAGAUUGUUGAUUAAUUUAUAUGUUAGAUUCCAACAUCAAUCUUUUAAUCAAUGAUAUAUUCCAAUGAGUUGUCGAUUGAGCUCUGCUCAACUCACAUCGGUAUGAAAUAUAAUUUAUUUGUACUUUUAUCAAAUAAUUAAAGGUUCCCCCAUGGUUAAGCAGUUGAAAAAGAAGUAUAAAAAUGAUCCAAGUUUUCUGAGAUUGUUGAUAAUGUAUCUUAUAAGUAGGAAUCUUGCGAGCUAUUUUGGAAUCAAUGCCUGUGGAAGAUCUCCCGGCCUCACGAUUGAUUUCGCCAUUGUCUAAUAUUGUAAGCUGAGCGAACGGUACUCCGUUCACCGUCUUCCCCAGCCGUAGCCCCGGCCAUUUUCUCUACAAUUUCGUCAAUGGUUUCUGUUGAUAACCCUUUUUCCCUCCAAGAUCAUUGCAAAUCCCUCCAAAUUGAAAACAAACUUCGACAUGCAUUCGACCCCUUCCUGGGUUUCUAUCUUUUCCUGAACAAAUCUUUAUCGGCGCCAGAAAAUGGGGAGGGCGGUGGUUUAUCUUUUUCUAAUCACCGCCUUCGCCUUCUUCUUCGUAUUUUAUCCGUCCAAUUCCCCCGAUCGGAACCAUCAAGAACUAACUCGUCGCCUAGGUUACAAAUUACGAGCCCCUACUUUUGAUCCUCUUGUUGAAGAAAUGGAAAGAUACGCAGAGGAACAUGGAUCUGGCAGGGGACGAAACGCCAUUAGUGGGCAAAGAACUACCACGGCCAAUCAGGUUCCCGAUGCUUACAAAGAUUACUACGAUGAAGGUAGAUUGAAAAUUUCGUUGAGGCUGCUCGUGUUGUUUCCUUUGCUGGACCACUCGCCAAAAGACGGUGUUAUCAGUUACGAGGAGUUGAGCGAUUGGAUUAUUGAACAAGCCGUGCAGAGAUUGAAUUACAGGACACGGAAAGAGUUGGACUUCCAUGACAAGAAUGGAGAUGGCGCCAUUUCAUUCCGCGAAUAUCUGCCACAGUUUACAGAGGAAGAUAUUGCAAAGAGAGGAACGGCGCAUGGAGAAGCUGGAUGGUGGAAAAGGCAAUUCACAAAUGCUGAUACAGACCCAAAUGGAUUACUAAAUUUUGAAGAACUGAAAGAUUUCCUGCACCCAGAAGAUAGCAGCAAUUACCGGAUACAAAAUUGGCUCUUGCGAGAGAAAAUGAAGCGCAUGGACUAUGACAGAGAUGGAAAACUCAAUUUUGAUGAAUUCCUCCACCAUGUAUUUGACAUAUACAAGAGCUACAUUGAAUUUGAAACUCAAGGGGAUGAUGUACCGACAGCCGAAGAGAAGUUUGAUGAGCUUGAUCUUGACGAGGAUGAGUUACUGUCAGUGGAAGAGUUGAGGCCAUUGUUCCAGUAUCUUCAUCCUGGAGAACUGUCUUAUGCCCAACAUUACACAAGUCAUUUGAUAUAUGAGGCUGAUGAUAACAAAGAUGGCUACUUAUCACUUGAUGAGAUGCUUAAUCAUGAGUAUGUUUUCUACAACUCGGUAUAUGAAGGUCGCAAUGGCGACUAUGAAGACGAUUACCAUGAUGAACUUUGAUGCCUUGUUUUUCAUUUUGUAAUUUUAAGCUUAGAUUUUAGAUUUCGUUUGAUGGGUUGGGAUUUUACUAAAAGAUAAACAUCCGCCACCCAAAAUCAAGAUUUUGUAACAUUCAGCAUCCUUUUUUCUUCAAAUUUUGAAGUCUGGUAUUUACUGUAUAAUAUAUACCAAGUAAAAGGGGCUAUGGAGGAUAAACUUUCUAUUCCCCUUUUCCCUUUUUGUUUAAUUCACAUUUAUUUACCCUUUAA